CAUUUGCAGUUCACUCAAGGACCCCGGAAACGCGCUGCUCCUGUCGAGAGCGCGCGCUGCAGCUUUCAGGAAGCGGAACGCAUGAAGUUGAUUUCUCACAGCUGGUGAUGGCGGAUGCUAUCGACACAGACUCCAUGAAGAAUUAUAACAUAGCGUUUGAGAGGAUAGACCCGAGCUCGAGCCGCUACCCCUACUGUAUCGUGUGGACGCCCAUCCCCGUGCUGUCAUGGCUGUUUCCAUUUAUUGGACAUAUGGGCAUAUGCACCUCCACUGGAGUCAUCCGGGACUUUGCAGGGCCAUACUUUGUCUCUGAGGACAACAUGGCUUUUGGAAGACCAACAAAGUACUGGAUGUUGGACGCAAGUAAAGUAUAUGCAAGCGGAUUAAACGCCUGGGACACGGCAGUUCACAAUGCCUCAGAAGAGUAUAAACAGAGAAUGCACAACCUUUGUUGUGACAAUUGUCAUUCACACGUGGCUAUGGCGCUGAACUUGAUGCACUAUGACAACAGCACCUCGUGGAAUAUGGUGAACCUUUGCCUGCUCGCUCUCAUUCAUGGCAAACACGUCAGUUGUGCAGGCUUUCUAAAGACCUGGCUUCCGUUCUUCAUCCUAACCAGUGUCAUCCUGGCUGUGACCCUAUCUCUAAACCUGCGAUGACCCAGCAUGCUUUGAUAGAGGUGGGGUGGUUCAGGAUGGGUUGGUACAAAGCCCAGCGUCCUGCAGGAGAUCCACUUUUUCAGCUAAAUGUGGGACUCCAAUGAAUCUCAACUGGACCAGAGGUGGUGAAUACAAUCCAGUCCAACUCUUCAGAACGUAGAGGAGCUCAACCUUAAAAGUCUUAUGCUGGUCCUCUGUGUCGUUGGAUAGGGACAGCAAAUACACCAUGCCUUCAGUGUGUUGUGGUGAUGUACGACAUGCUAUUUCCUUAAACGUCUUCCAAAGGCAUAAUCUGGUGUAACUCCUUAUGGUGCUUAGUUAUUGUUUGAUUAGAUGUUGAUCGUUAUACUAUAUUUACACAUAUAAAAUAACACUUUAAAUUUAUAAAGUCUUUUUUUAAACACUACACUACUGUAUACAUUUUUAAUCAUUUUAUGUUCUUUGAUUGAGAGCAGAAUUUAUCAUAGAAAAAAAAUGCAUGGAGAUAAAAAAAAGAUUUUCUUUAAAAAACAAGGAUAUUAAUAUUCUGAUUUUUAAUAUUUAGUUUUAUUCAGCAAUACUGCUUUAAUCUUAAUAACAGUACCUUGGCAUGCUUUAUUGAGUGUAAUUUGUUCUAUUUUUAUACAAAAAUAUAAUUCUGUAUGGUGAUUACCACUAAAAAACUUAUUGUUA